GGAGAGGAUGCGGACGGAAGGACGGGGGAGGGAAGGGAUGAAGGGAAACGCCACGAGGAAAGACAAUUAUAGGAUAUGAAAAGGGGCUUUUUUUGCUAAGAAAGAGACCUGCGAGAGGCUGCGAGGUCGAAUAAUGAGAGAUUGCUUGAACGGGGCACUUUGCGUGGUAAUAAGCUGGUCGGCAAUAGUACUAUGAUUUGGUAUGUGGCCACUCUGAUAGCAAGUGUAUUCAGCACCAGAGGAACGGCCGCUCAAGGUGCCCACGGAGUGAGAGAGGAGCCCCGGUUUGUGACGGCACGCGCUGGAGAGACCGUGAUCCUGGGGUGUGACGUGUCCCCUCCCCUGGACGGCCAGCAGCCCCCCUAUGUGGUGGAGUGGUUCAAGUUUGGAGUGUCUAUUCCUUUCUUCAUCAACUUCCGCUUCUACCCUCCUCAUGUGGAUCCAGAGUACACAGGUAGAGCCACUCUGCAUGGGAAGGCGUCCCUGCAGAUUGACCCCGUGCGCUCCGAGGACCAGGGCUGGUACGAGUGCAGGGUCCUGAUGCUGGAGCAACAGUACGACACCUUCCACAACGGCAGCUGGGUGCACCUCACAGUCAAUGCCCCACCUUCAUUUACAUCGACGCCGCCACAAUACGUGGAGGCCAAGGAAGGGGGAAGCACUCUGCUAAGCUGCUCUGCCCAGGGAAAUCCAAAACCAAUGAUCAGCUGGCUGCGGGAGGGGGAGGAGCUUGCAACUAACGCCAAAUACUCGGUACAUGACGGCAGUUUAACCAUUCUUGCUAUAAACAGAGACGACAGGGGUGCGUACACUUGCAGAGCCUUCAGUGACCAGGGAGAAGUGCUCCACACUACCCGUCUGCUGGUUCAAGGGCCUCCAUACAUCGUCUCGCCGCCUGAAAACGUCACUGUAAACAUAUCCCAGAAUGCACUCUUCACCUGCCAAGCGGAAGCGUAUCCUGGCAACCUGACCUACACCUGGUUUUGGGAGGAGGAUAAUGUCUACUUCAAGAAUGACCUGAAGCUACGAGUGCGCAUCCUCAUCGAUGGCACCCUCAUCAUCUUCCGGGUCAAGCCGGAGGAUGCCGGGAAAUACACCUGCAGUCCGAGCAACAGCCUCGGUAUCUCGCCCUCGGCUUCAGCCUACCUGACUGUUCAGUACCCUGCCCGAGUGAUCAACAUGCCCCCGGUCAUCUACGUCCCACGGAAACUGCCAGGCAUUAUCCGCUGCCCAGUGGAUGCCAACCCACCUGUGACAUCAGUAAAGUGGGAGAAAGAUGGCUACCCUCUCAGAGUGGAGAAGUACCCUGGUUGGAGCCUGAUGCCAGACGGAAGUAUCCGAGUGGCGGAGGCCACAGAAGACUCACUGGGCACCUACACCUGUGUGCCUUACAACGCCCUGGGUACCAUGGGCAUGUCCCCCCCUGCCACUUUGGUGCUAAAGGAUCCCCCUUACUUUAAUGUGAGGCCUGGGGGGGAGUACCGUCAGGAGGCUGGGAGAGAACUGGUAAUCCCCUGUGCUGCUUCUGGAGAUCCCGACAUACCAAUCAUCACCUGGAGAAAGGUGGGGAAGCCAAGCAGGAGUAAGCACAACAUCCUACCCAGUGGCAGCUUACAAUUUCAGUCCCUCAGCAAGGAGGACCAUGGAGAGUGGGAGUGUGUAGCCACCAAUGUGGUCACUAGCAUCACUGCCAGCACGCGUAUCCUAGUCAUCGGCACCAGCCCACAUGCUCCUGGAAAUAUCCAUGUAUUGCCCUCAACAACCUCUGCUAAUGUGUCCUGGGAACCAGGUUACGACGGCGGCUUCGAACAGACAUUCUCUGUGUGGUACGGUCCAGUGUCAAAGAGAAUAGACUUCGGUCCUCAUGACUGGCACUCAUUGCCAGUUUCCGGUGCUCAGACAUGGUUGGUGGUUCCAGGGUUGGAGCCUGGGAUGGAGUACCAGUUCAGUGUGUUGGCACAAAACAAGCUGGGCACGGGCCCAUUCAGUGAAGUUGUGACAGUCACCACUGCAGGCUCCCCCCUGGGUACCCCCGAACCACUGGUGCUUCUUACUCCACCACGGUGCCUCACAGCCAAUCGCACGCAGCACGGUGUCCUCCUCACAUGGCUCCCUCCGGCCAACCACUCCUCGCCCAUCGACCGGUAUAUCAUGGAGUUUCGUCUCGGGGAAAGGUGGGAAGUUCUGGAUGACUUGAUCCCAUCCACUGAGACUGAGCUCAUUGCAAGAGAUCUCGUUCAGGAGUCCUGGUAUGAGUUUCGAGUGAUGGCAGUCAUGGAUGACCUGAUCAGUGAAAGCAGCAAUGUAGUGGGAGUGUCUAGCACAGCAGACCCUUUCCCAGCUUCAGAGUUCCCUGAGGAGGGGCUGGCGCGGCCCGUUGUGGCCGGCGUUGUGGCAACUAUAUGUUUUCUGGCAGCAGCAGUACUGUUCAGCACUCUAGCAGCUUGCUUUGUCAAUAAGCAACACCGGCGAAAGCUCAAACGCAAGCCAGAUCCUCCCUUGUCGGUGACACACUUCAGGAAAAGCAUUGAGUCGCCGCCUCCUCUCACCCCCUUGCCAGGGGUAGAGCCCUGCUGGGACGAGCCUGCCAGGAGCAGUUUCUUGCCCCCGCCGGCCAGCCCCCAGUUAUCUUCGGGGAAGAUAAGUCCAGACAGCUCCACUACGUCUCGGCCCCGUUCCAUUUCAUCGGAGGAAUCCCACGGUCCGGGCCUAUAUGUCAGAAAGCUGCCGAGUCCUCUGAGAGAAAAAGAUAAAGAACUGUCCUUCUACAAGAAAACCAAGCGUGCCAUAACCAGCAAGAAAUACAGUGUAUCCAAACACGAGGCAGAGGUCACCACACCUAUCGAGCUGAUAAGCCGAGGUCCUGACGGCCGCUUUGUCAUGGAUAUCAGCCCGCCUCCCUGCCGCAUCCAGGGCUUCCCCUUCGCAGAGGAGUCCGACAUGUACCCCGAGUUCCGACAGUCUGACGAGGAGAAUGAUUUUGACCCCGGGCCCCUGCCGCCCAUCAUGCCCACGCUGCGACCCCAGCUCUCCCCAACGUCCUCCAGCUUGGAGUCAACGCAGCCCCCCAACUACAGCCCCCGCCUUCACAGGCCCAUGGAAGGUAUGAGCUUUGCAGAGGGCAGUGCUCUCCAUGCCUCAGGGCAGGCCCCGGCCUCCCGCUACAGGGGCUUUCCCCAGGGCCCGUUCUAUGGGUAUCUAGGCAGCCGCACUGAAUCAGGGAUCCCACCACCAUUCUACAUGCCUGACAUCAGCCCGCGUAGCUCUGCUCUGUCCUCACCUCCAGGCACCAUGGAGGGGCCCUUCGGUUACCCCUCCAUCCCCGAGGAGAGUGGAGAGAUGGAGCUCCACCAGUACACUGCCUCCGGCCACUCGCUGUCUCACACGCACAGCCCUCCGCCCAGGUCACCCGACAGCUGGCAGCGCCACGACUUACCGUUCCUGGGUCUAGAGGGCCCGCGGUUCAGAUACCCAACUCACCAUCCCUUACAUCAUCCCCAGGACCUCCCCGACCCGCCCCCUUACCUUCCUCACGCUUUCCCCCCUAGUCGCCUACGCUUCCCUCCCCUAAAGGACGGAGCAAGCCCUGGACUCCUGCAGCUUGAGGUCCCCGUGGCUCCCCCGGGCAGAGACAGGCCCCCAGGGCCUCCGGUUAGGCAUUUAGCUAUGCAACAGGCCCAGAGUCUCGGCCAGCUCAGACACACGGCCCACGGUGUGGGUGUACCAGUGUUGCCUUACCCUGACCCGGCCGCCCGUGCAGGGAGCCCAAGCACAGCCCCCAGUAGUAGCCCUCAGUCCUGGCUCAGCCCGAGGGCGGGGCGCCGGGCGGACCCUUGCCUACCGCCGCUUGUACUCCAGCCCUCCCGCCUCUCCCCGCUGUCCCAAAGCCCCCUCAGCACCCAGCCGGGUUCCCCAGAUAUUCUAGUGCGGCCCCCUCCGCGCCCGAGCAUCCUUCGGACCUCUCGGUCUCUGGAGAUGCCGGAGAUUACCUUGCAGCCCUCGGCCACCGUCGGCUUCUCCCGGAGGUCCUCCCUGACCGCCUCUCCCACUCAGAGCCAGGGUGCCAAACAGCCCAGCCCCAGCUACCAUGCCCACAUGUCCUACGCGUCCACUGCAGCCAGUUACCCCUCCCAGUCCCCCUCUCCCCCUCCAGAAGGCAGGGAUGUUUUCGGGCAGAGGCCAUCCCAGAGAAGGACAGAGGAGGAUAUUCUACCCUCAGAGCACUCCCAGCUCCAGAUAUCAGCCUCAGGGGAACCUCUAGGUGCGUCUAGUGAUACUGCCGGGUCUGAGAGUUUACCAGCACUGCUUCACCACUGUAUUACUAAAGCCAAGGGAGUGGCUGCAAACAACAAUAACAACACAACAUCCACAAGGAGAACAGGUGUGUCUCCCUCUCAGACCCAGCAGCAAUCUCAGACACCCCAAGAGGGAGAGGAUCUCAGCUUCCACAGAAAGAGCAAAAGGCAAAACAAGAAGCACCCCUACCACUAUUUGACCUCCUUCCUUCACCGCAGGCAGUCUGAGGAGGACCAGACAGGUAUUCUGGCCAGUGCAGACUCUGAGGGUCCAAAUUAUGGGACUCUACGCUGACCCGGUUGCCCAUCAAGCCAUCGGACUCAACUAAACUGGCCCUUCCUGGAAAAAAAACAAAAACAAAAAAAACAAAAUAAAAAAACACCUUGGCUCCUACCUGCUCCAUCACAGUAACAAACAAAUAUGUUUCUUAUAAUCUCUAGAAAUUGAUCUGUGUUUGGGUAGCAGGAAACGUCACCCUGAAUUCUUCAAGGUUGGAAAUCUCAUCUGAAGACAAGAACAAUGGCUUUUCUGAAGUUUCACCACUAUUCCUCUCUAAGGAUUUUCACUUUAAGAUGCUCUGAAAAUAUAUAAUGUAUAUAAAUAGUAAAACAAGGGAAUUAAGCUUCCUCUUACAGUAAUAAUGUUGGUUGAGUAUGUCACAACAUAUUAAAUAUUUUUCACUCACUGGUCAUUGAGGGGUCCAUAACUUUAGGUUUUUCAGUGAUUCAGCGUACUGUUAAGCCUGGUGCGUCCUCGAACAGGGACAGGAACGUACCUUUCCUACAAUACAAAAUAGUGUCAGUAUAUAAACACAGGGUUCUUACCACAAAAUAUACCUCAGAGUAAACGCAGAGUUGCUGUAAUUCUUGUGGUAUACUGUACGUACUUGACCUUUUCACAUAUGAAUCGUAUGAUUAAAAAAGGUUUAUAUCACUCGCCACUCAUUACAACGGAUAAUAUGGCCUACCGUUAUCUAAUUUAGAAGCAUUUUAUUACUGUUAAUAGCUGGCAUAUUGUGUUUACUUUGGUUUGUGAGCAAAUGCCAACCAUUAGAGACCAGUGUCUUAACUUCAGUGCUUGAUGGCUCAGUGUGUUUACACUCAUCACGGCAGCACCGCAUUAAGACAAAGAUCAUAGCCUUCAUGAGAACUGUCAGACUAAUUUGGGACUUUUAUGCUGAGCAGAGGUUGGACUAAAGAGCGGCGCAACAACUUGUGAAGUGUAUGCAUGUAUGUCUUUUAUUGAGGAAUCAUUUGUGAAAUGUGGCACAUCUCGACGUGCCCCCUUUAUUUUGCCUUUGUUAUUAUUUUUCUAACAUAAACUGCCUUUUUUCCUUUGCCUUCUCAUAUUAGUCACUCUAAGGGAGUGAGGGACUCAAAUAUUACGUGUGGUUUUACUUUCUCUGCCAAGGACACAUAAAAGAAAAUGCUACAGAUAGCUCUUGUUUUGUUUAUUUUAAACCUUUAAGUAACAGGACAGCACCAGAAUACUUGUAAAAUAAGUACAUAAAUAAACAAAGACUUUGGGACUAGGCUGGCCAGCCAUACUUGUUCAUUUAGUGACAUUUUUCUCUCGUGAAGUGGGUCUGGUAGGCCUCAUAUUCACUGCCGUUUCCACCGGUACAGAACAUACCGAGCCAAUUGCAAUGGAGUGGGGGCGGGCAGUAUGUGGUGAUUCAUACAGGAGCCUCAAAACAACCAAGAUGACUUCACAAUUGCUAAUAAUGUCUUGGAUCAAGCUUUUUUCCCCCCCUCAAAAGUCAUUCGCCUGCAUUCCUACUCCACAGCACGCCAGUUUGGAUUUCUGUUGUCGAAACGGUCGACACCAUCCUGGUUGUGGCUCUGCUUUGUUACAUCACACGCUUUGUUUCUCUGACUGCUCGUGCAUCUGUCCCAUGGCAUCCAGAGGCAGCUUCCUCUGCAUCCUGGAAACCGGAGUCGAAUCUGGAGGAGCCAGACUAAUCCUUUGUGUCACAGAGGAAAAUACUUAGAAUGGCUGGCUAGGCUAGGAGAGGAAAAACAGACAAACAAAAAACGACAAUAAAUAAAUAACAAGCACUGUACAUCUAAAAAGACUGAAGCGGUACAGUGAGGAUGUUAAUGUUUAAUAGUAGCUGUUAGAGGAGAAUGUGACUGCUUCAUAGAGCUGUUAACAAGCAAUGGGAAAUAUUCAAACAAAUGGCCACCUUGACUGUUUAAACUGUAUAUUACUUGCUAGCUACUUUUGUGUAUGUUUGUUAAUUUUUUUCGACACUAACCGAUAAUGAAUGUAUGUUUUGCUGUACAGGAAUUGAAUGUCCCAAUAUCACAGUGCAUUGAAUGAUCCAUUAUAUUGCUUAUAGUGUAGCUGUGAUCGGUGAGAUGACCUGUCGGCACAUUAGGUCCAAAUUCCUGUACGCGGUCCCACACAGGUCCCGAGACAAGUUCCCCUUUUUUUGCUCCGUCGGCUCCAAUAAUAUUUUUCAUUGUCCUGCUAAUGCUGGUUCAAUCACUUAAAGACAUAUCAAUCAGAUUUCCAUAUCGUACAAUUAAAUCAGAGACUUUCCACUAAAUAUCCACAUGAAUCGCUCCGAAAUCUUUCAGCAAGUGAGAAAAAGCGGUGAUUGUCUGAAAGUGAGUGUCAAAGUGCACAUUCUACUUUAACAAGUUGGUUUCAUGUGAGAUACAAGGGGGGAAAAAAAUCUAUAUUUGUUAUGUACUGUACAUGGCGUGUAUUGUAUUUGUAAAGAGAAAUCGAACCAUGUUUUACAGGAAGACCUUCUUGUAUGAGGUUGUACGAAAAGACGAGAAGGAUCCCAUGUUCAAAGAAAUUAGAUUAUAUAUCAAAGUAUUUGCUUACAGUACGGCUUUAAAUGGAUAAUGUUUAUAAAACAUUUUAAGGUGCCUAAUUUGUCAUACUUUAGCAGACGUUAUUUUAUCUGAGAAGAAAAAGAAAACUUAAUGUUAGUACCGUACAGUGUGUUAUCGCCAUAGCCCGCUGGCCGCACAAGUUGAAUAAUAUUUUCUCUGAUGUAUAGUAUGUGGAUGCCCACCGGGGAAAGCUUUAGAAGCAGAAAAGUGUUGCCCUCUAUUAUAUUUCUGGAACAAAGUAAUACUGUAUUUUGCCCGUUCAUGAGCACAUGUAGAUUCACUCCAGAUCUCUUCGCCUUCACGUGUCCAAAGCAAAUAAAACUGAAGGAAACUUUUUUUUUUUUUUCUAAGAGUAAUGGACAUGCUGUAGUCAUGUACAAAACGUGCUGUGGAGGAAAUUGUGUUUACAUUAGUUUGAUGAAGACAAGUGUGUUAGGGCAUAGUUGCUUUGAAAAUUACGACUUGGUGCUAUGUUUAACUUUGUGGUGCUGUAGAAUAGAGGUCUAAAGAUUUUUCUUUUUUUUUUCUUUCUUCUUUUUUGUUUGUUUCUGUUUCCACAAGCGACUUUUUCUCAGCCCUGUGGGCCUGAGCAGCUAAACUAGCUCCGGUAGACACUAUAGGUCCUUAUCAUAAACAGUGUGACGGCAGUGAUAGACAAUACUGGAACGUAGACGUAUAACCUCAAAUAAUAGAGACUUGUGACAUUCAAAUGAACUCAAAAUGACCUGUUUUCUAUAGUGUGUUUGCAAUGUCUGUCUGUGCUUCCAAGGUACCCUCUCUAAAGUAUAUCUGUGAUGAUAUUGAGAUUAUUAACCCAGCCUGAAAGGAGAAACAUAGCCUGACUUCAGUUAGCAUCCGCCACAGGACACGUGGGAGAGAAACUGAGAGCAUCGCCAGGUCACGUGGAGAUCUUUUCUACGCACUUCCUGCUGCUCUUUGGUUAACAUCGCUCUUUUUCAAGCACACUACUGCAGGGGCGUAACUGUCUCCCGUCAUCCCACCCGCCCUUUUGAAGGAACAAUUCCUAUUAGUACUGUACAGUAUAGCCAUGAGUAGUCACAUUUGUAUUUAUUCUUCUGGUGGCAAGGUAUCGGAAAACCUCAUACAUCCUCCACACCGGAUUUUAAGAAUGGAUGUUGUCUUCCGGCCGUUUUUGUUUUUUCUCACUGAUUCAGCAGAAACAUGUACAGUGUUUAAAGAGGGCUGCUUUGGACGUACUGUUAGCUAAGGCUUUAUUUCUUUUUUUCUCUUUGUUUUCAGUUUUUUCUGCUUACAGCUUUUAGUGCAUCACUAGUCGCUGGUAGGAUGAUAUUUAGAAAAGAUUUGAUUUUCUUCUUGUAUUAAUCUUGCAUGUAGAGACAAUACAAAAAAAAAGAAAAGAAAACGCCUAUUUAGCAAUCAUUCAUGGACAUCCAAGCUGGUUGUUAUUGGACAGAAACUAGAAGUAUGUAGUAUUUUCUAUAUUCUCUGUUUUUUCAUGUGUACCAGCACUGAGAAACUAGAAUGUAUAAUUAUCGUAGGCUACAAUGAGCACUACAUCGUUGACUGUUUUAGCUAAUGCUCAUACUCAAGCAAACCAAGUAGUGCUUAAAGGAACAAAAAUUUACCACAUUUCAUUUCACUUUCAUCCACUGAACUCUGUGCUGUACAUCACAUGUUUACAUACUGUAUUAUAUGUUUCUCUUUUUUUGUGCAUAAUUUGUUUCCAUAAUGUCCAUAUGUAAAUAUUUCAGAGAUUUUUUUUUUUUUACUUUUCUUUUUUAAAACAAUAACCUGAUGUUUCUGUUUUCUGUCAGUUUUUUAGAGAUGUCAUUCUGUUCGGUCACUGCAUCAGGUAUUUACACCUCACUUAACUCUUUUGUGAGCAGUUAACUCAUACUGUAUGGUGCUGUACCAAAGCCUUAUGUAUAUUUGUAUUACUUUCGUCUUGUUUGCCACUGCUGUCCGGUGAAUUCUGCAUCGUCUGAAUUCAUGUCUUACUCACUCUUCAUGUUCAACUGCCAUGGAUCUCGGUUUUUUUUUUGUUGAGCAAGCUGAAACCGGAACAAAUGACGAUGUAAAAAAAAAACAAUCUGGCCUGUUACCAAACUGGCCUGGAUGUACAGCAAUGGUUGCCAUCACAAGCCUUUAUAGGGAUAAACGCACAGGCUCACCCCUGGUGGCUCAUCAUGACGUAGACAUGGGCCUAGCACAUGAUCUAUGCUCUAUCUAUGGCAUGUCUGUGAGAAUAUGAAAGAAGUGUUGUAUUCAUGUCACUAUAUCAUUUCAAAUGCUUAGUCCCAUUCAAAAA